AUGAUGGAGCCCCUGAGAGAAGUUAGAGAUGGUUAUCUAAUAUCUCUAAAUUUAGGGACGCCUCCAAAGGUCAUCCAAGUGUAUAUGGACACUGGGAGUGACCUGACUUGGGUUCCUUGUGGGAACCUAUCUUUCGAUUGCAUGGAUUGCAAUGACUAUAGGAAUAAUAAGCUAAUGUCUACUUAUUCUCCUUCUUAUUCCUCUUCAUCCCUUAGAGACCUUUGUGUUAGCCCCCUCUGCAGUGAUGUCCAUAGCUCCGAUAACUCUUAUGAUCCAUGCGCUGUAGCUGGAUGCUCAUUAAGUACUCUUGUCAAAGGCACAUGUCCUCGACCAUGCCCAUCAUUUGCUUACACUUAUGGUGCUGGAGGGGUCGUCAUUGGAACACUCACUAGGGAUACCCUUACGACUCAUGGGAGUAGCCCUAGCUUUACACGGGAGGUUCCAAAUUUUUGUUUUGGUUGUGUUGGGUCCACUUACAGGGAGCCAAUUGGGAUUGCAGGGUUUGGUAGGGGUGUACUUUCUCUCCCUUCACAACUAGGGUUUCUUCAGAAGGGCUUCUCUCACUGCUUCUUGGGGUUCAAGUUUGCAAACAACCCCAAUAUUUCAAGCCCAUUAGUCAUAGGAGAUCUUGCGAUUUCUUCCAAUGACCAUUUGCAGUUCACUUCACUGCUGAAGAAUCCCAUGUACCCUAACUACUACUAUAUUGGUCUAGAGGCUAUAACGGUGGGCAAUGCCACUGCGAUUCAGGUGCCUUCAAGCCUGAGGGAGUUUGAUUCACAUGGCAAUGGGGGUAUGAUAAUUGACUCAGGAACUACUUAUACUCACCUACCCGGGCCUUUCUACACACAACUUCUCUCGAUGCUCCAAUCAAUAAUAACGUACCCCCGAGCCCAGGAACAAGAGGCACGAACUGGUUUUGAUCUUUGCUAUAGAAUCCCAUGUCCAAACAAUGUUGUUACAGAUCAUGAUCAUCUUCUUCCUUCGAUCUCCUUCCAUUUCUCCAACAAUGUUAGUCUUGUUUUGCCCCAAGGGAACCAUUUCUAUGCCAUGGGAGCUCCAAGCAACUCCACUGUGGUGAAAUGCCUGUUGCUCCAAAACAUGGAUGAUAGCGACUCUGGACCAGCUGGGGUGUUUGGGAGCUUCCAACAGCAGAAUGUGAAGGUUGUGUAUGACUUGGAGAAGGAGAGAAUUGGUUUCCAACCAAUGGACUGUGCUUCUGCUGCGGCUUCUCAAGGAAUUAUACACAAAACAUAA